AUGUCGGGGACACUCGAACACUCUGCCAAAGUAGUGGUAGCCCUCCACACUGUUCACUUUCUUGCUGACAACUCGGCCAUGGUCGAUCGCUGGUGUCGGCACUUCAGGCACCUCAUAUUUGAUGACGUUUAUCUAUCUCCAACCUACGCAGUGUCGUGCUACCUCCCCUCUGAAGACGAAGUUGCCGAUGCAAUACAAAGGCUGCGCAACAACACAGCGUCCGGAGAGGACGGUGUUCCCACAGAAACCCACAAGUGUUCUGUUAACAUUUUGGCGUCCUGGCUUCACGAAGUGAUCGAACGAGUCCCUAUUGACUGGAUUCUCGAGAAGGCCCUACACAGUUUUGACAGUGUGGAGUUUGCACCCGAACGCCAGCUGACUGACCUUGACAAAGUCGAAAAAAUCGCCCUGCUAGCCUCAAGCUUUGGUGUUCUGCAAUCUGUAUUGUCACAGGCGGACUAG